CUGCCCCGCCCCUGCCCGGUCCCUCCCCGCUCCGCCCCGCCCGGCCGUCCGUCUGUCCGUCCGUCCGGGGCAGUGAUGGACAAGGAGUUGUAGCUCUGCUGUGAAAUUCAGGGAAGGCCCAUGCGAGUGCCAGAACCGCUGCCAGACACCAUUGGGAUGAGUUGAGCAAUGCUCAGCCUCUGUGCUGCCUGAGCCCUGGGUCCGUGGGGCUGUGGUGGGAGGCUCAGGACCAGGGUAAGAGCCACCUGGCUGGCUACCCCAAUCACCUUGCCGACUUCACCAGAUGUGCCUCCGAGUCACACUGCGCAGGGGACCCACCCCAGAGGUCCUUCCCUGCUGCCUCUGCUGCUGACCCCUGGCCCUCUGUCCAACGACCUCCCCAACCUGGCUUGUGCGGUGGACCCCCAGUUUCCGCCUCAUGCUCAGCAUGCCCUUUUCUGGUGAAACCACGUCCUCUGAGGAAUCGCUCUGGAGUUCAAGUCCAGCCUGCAGGGAAAUGGAGUCGAAAGUCUCUGAAGGUGGCCUGAACGUCACCCUCACCAUCCGGCUGCUGAUGCACGGCAAGGAAGUUGGAAGCAUAAUUGGGAAGAAAGGAGAGACCGUGAAGAAGAUGCGUGAGGAGAGUGGGGCAAGGAUCAACAUCUCAGAGGGAAACUGCCCUGAGCGCAUUGUGACCAUCACUGGCCCCACUGAUGCCAUCUUCAAGGCUUUUGCCAUGAUCGCCUACAAAUUUGAGGAGGACAUAACCAACUCAAUGAGCAACAGCACUGCUACCAGCAAACCUCCAGUGACACUGAGACUGGUCGUGCCGGCUAGUCAGUGCGGCUCGCUGAUCGGCAAAGGAGGCUCCAAGAUCAAGGAAAUCAGGGAGUCAACAGGUGCUCAGGUUCAAGUGGCGGGGGACAUGCUGCCCAACUCCACAGAGCGGGCGGUGACAAUCUCGGGGACACCCGACGCAAUUAUCCAGUGUGUCAAACAGAUCUGUGUGGUGAUGCUGGAGUCCCCACCAAAAGGUGCCACCAUUCCCUACCGCCCAAAGCCCGCCUCCACCCCUGUCAUUUUUGCAGGUGGUCAGGUAAGAGCCGACCCGCUUGCAGCCUCCACUGCCAACCUCAGCCUUUUACUGCAGCACCAGCCGCUGCCCGCCUAUACAAUUCAGGGACAAUACGCCAUUCCACACCCGGAUCAGUUGACCAAGCUCCACCAGUUGGCUAUGCAGCAAACCCCCUUUACUCCCCUUGGACAGACCACCCCCGCUUUCCCUGGAGAAAAGCUGCCCUUACAUUCCUCCGAAGAAGCUCAAAAUCUGAUGGGCCAAUCAUCAGGUUUGGAUGCCAGUCCCCCGGCCAGUACUCAUGAACUCACCAUUCCCAAUGAUCUAAUAGGCUGCAUAAUCGGACGCCAAGGGACCAAAAUCAAUGAAAUUCGGCAGAUGUCGGGAGCACAGAUCAAAAUCGCUAAUGCCACGGAAGGGUCAUCGGAGCGCCAAAUUACCAUCACAGGAACCCCUGCAAACAUCAGCCUCGCGCAGUACCUCAUCAACGCCAGGCUGACGUCUGAGGUCACUGGAAUGGGCGCACUCUAAUUUCCACCCACCAUCCUCCACUCCGCACCACCUGACCCUCUCCAGCCACCGGCACUCCACCCAGCCUGUACUGCCUGUACAUUUACCGUCUUCCCUUUGCCUCCACAGAUACUCUUUUCUUUACUAACGAAUAUAUAUAUAUAUAUAUAUAAAUACACAUGCAUAUGCACACACUGGAAGGUUUCUUUAUGAGCUCCUUACUGUGCUCCCGAGGCUGCUCCUAAUCUCUUUGGUUCUGGUCCUUGUUUACAGCGUACGGUGUUAUUACUUCAUCUGCUUUUUGGGGGAUGGGGAGGGGGGGGUUGUUUUUUUUCCACUGGUGAGACUUCAGAAGAUGAUGGGGCCUCUAGUGUUGGUCUAGCGUAGCUACUUAUACGUUUGAGUUGACGUUGGCGGUACUUGCUGUAGCCUAUGGACGUGUGACGCCACUCAGAGCUGUGCGUGCUUCAGAGUAUUUACUUUUCUCACCCUUCUUCCUUUGAGGCUCCCUCUUUGUUUGCUUUGCUUGUCCUGGCUCACCUUUGUGACCUUGCAUCCCUUCCCUCUGGGUAAGGAGUUAGUUUUCGCCCCAAGUUAUUUGGGAAGCAGAGUGUGCGGGAGCCAAGCCAAUGCACACGCAUGGGUUCACCCGCAGACUUCUGUCUUUGCAACAUGGCAGGGUCCAGACAAGCUAUUUUUCAUGCUAAGCAAAGGGGAUCUCACACACAUACACACCAAUGGUUCUCUUUUUUUGACUAACGAGUAACUAGAAGUGGGAAGAAUUCAGCUGUAUGGGAUUCACACCCCCAGGGGCCUUUGAAAGCACUCUUGACAAUCAUCAUGAGCAAAACCUUUGAACGAUAGCUCAGGAAGCUCUGUGAGCCGGCUGUGUUUGUCGUUGUUUGUGUUCAAUAAAUGUCUGUGCAGCUCUGCUACUGAUGGGCUCCGACUGUUCUUCUCCUGGGUUACCCUGUCAUCUCCAGCCUCAUCCUUCCUUUUGCAUCCUUCCACACCUUUUUAGCUGCUUGUAGGGAAUGUUGGGGUUGUAUAAAAACCCUUCAUCAUCAUCAUCAUCAUCAUCAUCAUCAUCAUCAUCAUCAUCAUAUUUUAUUUAGAGAAGGUCCUCACUAGUGAUGCAAUUCCUGAGUAAUUCUAGGCUUUCUUUUUUUGAAGGGGAGGGUGUUUGGCUUGCACAAUGCUUUGGCUUUCCCUAAAGUUAAUUUACUUGUUAUAGUAUGACAACAAAUAUUUGUCACUGCUCCCUUGUCUGGACAGAUCUGCCAUGUCUGUGCCCCAAGCCCUUCCCUGGGACCAUGCCUUCUGCUUCCAGGCUUUACUUCUCUCUCCUCCUGCUCAAGUGAGGAAACAUAUAUUUUCCAUCAGUUAAUUUCCUACUGUACAAAAUGUAUGGUAUGCAUUUUUCCUGUAUUGCAAACGAGGGGAUCAUGAUACACCAUGUCCUCAGGCAUAGAAAACCGUCAAACAAUACCUUUUUGUACCAUACCAUGGGAAAUAUAUUGUUUUUCCAGGUAAGCCCUGAACCUUCAUGGCCUUUCCCUCUCUUCCUCCUCCAGUGUCAGCAAGUAUCACUGGCAGCCUUUUCUUGCCAAGAUACUGGACCACUUCUCCUAUCACCAGUGCUGACUGCUCAGCACUCACACAGUGCUACGGUGGGGACCCCAGGUGAUAACACCACAUCAGUGGAGCUAGGGAUGAGCAGGGGCAAUGCAGCUGCUCAGCAGCUGCCACGGAUGAUAGAAUGGCUCAGAGAGGGUGAAGGGAAUGAACAAGGUGGCACAUGCCUGCUCCCUGUGUGUAUGAAGCAGCAGCAUCACCUCUCCUUACAGGUCCAUUCCCCCAGGCCAGGAGCCCACUGCUGGCAAAGCUCCAGAAAAGUGGAGGUGGCUGCCAGCCCCUGCUGCUGAGCAUCAAUGAUUCACUCAUCCUAGCUGUUCUAAAACCUGUGAGUGCUCAGCUCUCUGGAGUAUUUAAAGGUGCUUCCAGCUACUUCAUAAGGUGUUUUGCUGCCCAUUCCUAACCUCACACUCUGCUUACCCUGGCAAUUUCGAUUCAGCUGUGCCUUUCAUCCUGUCCAACAUCUGAAAAUGCUCGAGUAUCUUAUUCCCCAUCCGGGGGGCACAGGUGCUUUGGACUGUGCUACGAGGGCUCAGGUGAAGCUGGUAACCUCCCCCUGGGAGGGGCAGCAGCCUCCCUUGUAUUUGUGCUGAUGCUGGUCUAGUUCAAGUAUUUUCCCUGUUGAAAGAACGUAAUACCUUUGUGUAAAAUCCAGCAUGAAGAUAAACACUUGUCAGCAUGCCAGAGCCACCACAGUGGCCUGGGCUGUGAGCCGUGGCACAUAUCAGCCAGCAGAAGCUCCACAUCCCACUGCCACCCCUCUCAAGCAGAGCGACAUGGAGUGAUGUUCUCCUCAGAGCAGUAGCACACGGAGGGAACCAACCCAUCCUGCUGUGGCUUGGCUCUCCCAUGGGGUGUAGGACAAGCUGGAGGAUACGCAGAUCCUGUUAAGUGAUGGAGGCACAUGGAAAGCAACUAAGGCGCACAGCAGGAGCAGUCUGCCUCUUCUUGCACUGCUUUCUUGGCACAUGGGAGGACUGUUAAGCUAUGGCACACAGGGCACAGUUAAAAAUCAUCAGCAGCAUCAUGUUGCUCAAGACAGGGAAAUCCAUCAUGAGCCACUGCAUUUCUAGGGUUUGUACAUCUGUCAGGCACUUAUGCCCUGAGGAAAGUAUGAUACCUUAAUGGCAUGCUAAUUACAAUGAAUGUGAAAAUGGCUUUGCAUGUGGACCUCCGGUUUCUGCAGAUCGUGACCGCCCUGAAUUUCUUUGCUCUGUGUGCUGUGCUCUCCGUGCUAUUCCCCACCUCCACGGAGACAGUGCUGCCCAAAAUAGCAAGUGCCAGAUUGGGUCUGCCAGAUGCAACUGAGCUCAGAGGCUAUGAAAGAGGAGGAGACUGCAGGCAGCAAUAUGUCUACACCCAUCCCCAUGCCGGCGAACCCGCAGAUAACAUCCCCCUCUGGGUCCUGUCCCUGUCUCAGCCCCCUGUGAUACAUCCAUCACCCAGUGAGACUGUGGCUGCUGGAAGAGCCACCGCAGGAAUUGACAGUGGACAAGAGGAGGUUGGAUAUGAGCAUCGCUCUGGCGUCAGGCAGAUGUCUGAGCUCUCUUGUUCAGCUGUAGCUGCAGCAGGACCUGGGCUCAUUGGAGCACUCUGGGAACAGUGCACAGGGCCAGGAUGAGACAAGGGAUGGUCCCAGCGGUGGUGGCCACCUUACAGGAGUGCUGAAUCUUUGCAGCUCUGCGUGAAGCAGCACGAGUGUCUUGUAGAUCUUCCAUCACCUUCCAGCACUACUUGGGAUAUGGUUUUUAAGGACUGUUGCUGAAAUUUGCUGUCCUGGAGGUCAGAACAUUGGGCUGGGUUUUGCCUUCUCCCUGUGGCUUCUCCCAGCUUACUUUAUCCAAAUGAUGCGGCUUGCUUGGUCAUUAAAUCUCAAGGUAUUUCCAAGGGUCCUGAAUGGGCAAAGGACCCUCAUUGUACCAAAUCGGUUACAAUUCUGCUUUUUACUCAAAUAGAGGAUGCUUUUUCGGUUUAGCUGUCUGGAGAAGAUAUAUAACUAGCAACUCUGGCUGGGAGAUACAAACUCUAGCUCCCUCCUGCAAACAAAGCUAGGGGUUUCUUAAACUAGGCAUGCAAAAAAUUAUAAAUCUAUGCUGGGCCCCGACAAAGCAAAUGCUUAUUUGCUUCCUGUUACUCAAAAAUCCCCUCCUUGGCAGAGUGAGUGAUACAGCCCAGCCUGCUGCCUCUCUUCCCUGUACAUGUAGAUUUUAGAGGGAGCGAGUAGGAGCUUGAGCCUUUUGCUGUAGGGCUGGAGAGAGGGGAGGGCACAGUGAAGGAUGUGGUCGCAUGGCCAAGACAUCCCUCCUUCUGCCAUUACCUUUGACUUUGCAACCUCUCUUUGGGGUUCACAUUUCCCAGAUUAUUUUGCAAAUUAAAAAAAAAAGAGAGAAAGAAAUGAAAAUCCAGCAUUAUCUGGGAAUGUAGCAGUUCAUCCAUCAUCAUCUGGGCUUGAAUGAGGCCUCAAGAAAGAGAUGUUUGCACAAUUGCAGCAUCUUCUAGAAACAUGUUGAUGACAACAAUGAUAACAGCAUCACAAGGACUGUAUCAAAGUCGGCUUUGAUUUCUUUGGUGUGGCUUAAAGAGGAUUUGCUAUUUUCUUUGGAAGUAGCCUCAAUGUUUUGCUUUUACUUGUGAUAUGUCUUGGGUUUGAAUGUUCUAUGAACUUAAAAUGCUCCAGUGAUGCAUCCACAGAGAUGCCACUGGGAAAAACGUAUGCACAUCUCUAGUAUUGGAGUGAAUAUUUAAUACAAGGUGAACGCUAAUCAACAGAAUUGCUUUAAUGCAUUGCUUUUCUCUCUCAAAGUAACGCAUUUUAUCCAGACGAAAUGAUUCAACAUUUCUGGAAGUAACCGACUUAGUAUUACUCACUCAAAUGCUUUGGGAAUGUGUUAUUUUGUGGGAAAUUGUUACUUUGGCAGGAAAGUAUUGGUUUGAUGCCUCUUCCUGUCCCAGAGUGUGGUGUUUCUCCUCUCCAAGGUCCUCACUCAGCUCCUUGGGCUUCAACUGAAAGUUUCCACUCCCUUUCAUACCUUCCCCAGGUCAUACUCCCAAAAUUAAUUGUCUGGAGUAUUCUUAUGUGCACUUUUUUUCCUAGACUCUAUUUGCAAAUCUAGUACAUAGUUGAAAAAAAUAGAUUACUUCCCCUAAGGGAACGUGACUUUCACCAGGGAGACUCUUUAAAUUUAAUACUCUCUUUUAGUUGUAAUUCAUGUUUUUUCUUUCUUUUUUUUUUUUUUUUUAAUGUAUUCAUGCUAGUCACUUUUAAUUAUGCCAAUUUAAAGCUUAUGGUCCAUUAGCAAGGGUAAUUUCACCCCUCCAGUGCUGGCAGAGGUAGGAUUUGUGGGGGGUGGCUCUGUGCUGUGGGAAGGGUGAAUCCUUAAUCUCAUUUUCUUCUUGGCCACAGAGGUGGGAGGAUGGUGCAGGCUUGGUGCAAACCUUCUCUGACACCUUUCUCACGCCGCUUGCAGAUAAGAGCCCAGCAGCCCAUCUCCCCUAACCCUGGCUGGGUGCAUCCCGAGGGAUACCCCGGUCCCCGACCCCCAGGCUGGUCACUAGGUGUCCCCCUUGACCAGCUUUUCCAGCUCCAGGUGGGGCGUGGGCAGCCUUUGCUUGCUGGAUGCUCCCAGCUUCUGCUCCAUCUGCUUGCAGAAGACAUGCCAUCUGCUGGCUAUGAGAAAGGGGUGAGUAUUUGUGUCCCCUGCACCAGUGACAGUCACCAAGCAGGCGGGUGGCACUGUGUCCCACUGCCCCAUCAGUGCUGGGACCUUCCUGGAAGCACCCUCGCCCAUCGGGGCAAGCACACGUGGCCAGCAGCUCCCCUGGCCAUGAGUGUCCCCGUGCUCUCCAGUUGUACUGGUUGUACCAAGGAAUGUGGUUGGUGGCACGAAGCCCCUCUUUACGCUAGUCGGGGACUCUUUGCUCUUGCCAGCCUUGUGUUUUGCAUCAGAAGGACAUAUUUUUGCUGGAGGGAUGCUGAGGGUCUCCAGCCUCCCCUGUCAGCGCGCACAGGCAGAGAGUGCUGUGCCUCGGUUUGCAGCAGGAGUGUCUGCAGCUGGCGUGAACGCAGAGCUUGUGUUGGAAUGACUUGCAGAAAGGUCAUGGUCUUAAUGCAAUUCCUCUUCUCCCAUGUUGGAUGUCGUGGGGGAGCUGGAGAUCUGCCAAAAUGGUUAUUUUUGCUUUCCUUUAAAAAAAAAAAAUGCAUCUGUGGAUCUUAAUCCACUGUGCUGUGUGUCGAGCCCCAGGUCUCCAUCCAAAGGGUAACGUGGCAGUGACUUUUAGGAAGUACUGAAUGUACCAGAUAUGCAACUCCUUUGCCUCCAGAUGUGCAGCCUUUGCCUCAGCACAGCUGUCCCGCAAAGAGGAAAAUGAGACACCAGAUCACUCAGAAAGCAUCCCCCAGAUUAAAUCAAGCCAAGUGUGAAACCAGGCUGGCUCUGGAUUCCCACACCCCUGUUUAGGCAGUUUAACCACAGGGAUGUCUUUUCCCAGAAGCGAUGCUUGUGGUGCCUCCACACAAGGGGAACAAAACCAGCGUGGAGAUGAGUGAGAUAAAAACAAAGUGGUGGGAGGAGGCUUCGUUGCUGAGCCCCAUGCUGAACUGUGGCCUGUUGCUGAUUUAAAACGUUUGCUCUUUCUAGAAGGAACAGCCUUAGUCCUGAAAGGGAAAGCUGGGAUGUGUGUGAGGACUUCCGUAUUUGAGACACUCCUGGAGCACUGUAUUCUGGUUCCCUGCAGGCAGCAACUCAGUGGCAUUAUUUAUUCCUAGAGAAAAGCCUGUGUCCAAAAGCAUUUGCAUCUGGACCAGAAAGGGGACGAAUGCUGCUUGGCUCUGAAACCUCGCUGGGUUUGAUGCUUCAGAUGGGACUCCAAGGCCUGAUGCUCCAGGGAAGUGGGAAUACUUGACUGGAGGGAUGGAGCAGCAUUACUCAUGAAGUCGGGAUGUGCGCAUGGCUUUGGGUUGGGCUGCAACAGAAAUCCAACAGGAUUUCCCAGUGCAAAGGAGAGCAAGGCAGCUUCCUGAGCUGCUCACCCAAAAGCUCUCAUUUAGUGGUGUGGGGAUUUUUUUCAUGGGAUCGUUCAGGGAAGAACUCUCACCCAGACAUUGCAAUAACGCAACCUGCAGCUGCUGCUGCAGCUGGUGCUGUGGUUUUCUCAUGGGCCAUUGCUGUGUGUUGCUCACCAAAACUCUUAACAGAAGCACUGCAGAGAAACAGUGUGGUGCUCCUCACUGCCUCUAAGCAGCCGGUUAAAGCUGCGAAGCUGAUACCCCAAAGAAAACACCGUCUCUGUGUUUAAAACAGAUUUUCGGUUGUGUGCUAUAUUUUGUUUCUUGCCUUGAGUAGAUUUCCCCUCCAAACA